CACACUUGCACCCUCGUACAGAGCAGGCUAUAGGCUAACGUGUGUGAUAGACAGAUAGGUUGCGAGAGACAGAUCGUUUCGUCGUGUGUGCGAGAGCGCGGGGUUAAUGUGUUUACGCGAGUCAACUAGCCGCAGCAGCAGUCGUCAAAUAUAAGUACAAAGGCAGCGUGAAUCUUGAUUAUCAUCGGCUGGUGUAUGAGAGUCAAUGAGAGAGAGAGAGACAGCUGUGCCACGGCCUUUUAACGAUCGAUCGCGCCUUUGUUUUGUUUGCCUCUCUCUCUCUAUAUAUAUCUCGCAAGUAAGAGAGAGAGAGAGAGAGUGAGUGAGUGAGUGAGUUCAGUGUCCUCACAGCGCGCGAGGAGAUAUUUCGUAAUUCGUCCUUAUCGCUGCAGUAGAGUAAUGCAGCUUUCUCUCGUGUGCUCGGUAUGUAGUGUGGCAGUGCAUAUAAUUGUGUGUUGUUUAUGUUGAUCGCGAGGGCAUCUUUAUUUGGGAAGUGAGAGGGUCCUGUACCGGCUGUCUUUGCUGCAUUGCGGUAUAAAAUCGCGCUCUGCUGUUGCCUAGCCAUGGACUUAUACAGAUAGCCGGCGCCAGUGACGAGUCGAGAGCACAAAACGGCAGUAAAGCGCAGCGGAGCGCAUCCGAAAAUUCAGGGAGGCCAAGUCUUUGGCGCCGCCGCCAUCCACGCCAGGCAGCCAGCCAGACAGACACCCUUCAUAUCUCUGCCCUAGGAAAACUCUCCGCGUUCACACGCGCGCGCACACGCGCACAGUGCAGAUACCGUAAGCCUCCCUCUCUCUCUCUCUCUCUCUGUUCCGUAUCGCUCCUGCUCCGGCGCGUCGCCGUGCGCAUGCGCGUCAAGGGAGAAGCCGCGCACAGCCGGCACCUCGGACAAGCUAGCAGCCGUCGGCAGUUGGACGCUGAUCGUCCGCGAGGCGCGAUUGCCUGUGUCGAGUCGUCGUCGUCGUCGUCGUUGUCGUCGUCGUCGUCGUCGUCGUCGUCGUCGUCGUCGUCGUCGUCGUCGUCGUCGCCGCGGCGCGAGUGCAGCAGCCUCCGCACGUGAAAAGUCGGAGAAGCAAAGUGUUAGCCGGCUGAUUGUCGGGAAAGUGCGUUGCGAGGCAUUGAAUACUGAAGAAUCGAGUGUCAGAGAGAGAGAGGGAUAGUGUUCUGUGCGGGUCGCUGGGCGAAUAUGCGCUGGAGGACGGUCCCACCGAUAGCAGCAGCAGUCAGAAGCAGCAGCGCCAAGUGAGAUCCUUUACGCUGCCAGGCUGUCUGACUUGUGUGUCGUCCGUUGCGUGCCGCAUCAUCGCGUGCACGCGCGUCCUUGCCUCCCUUAUCCUUGACGUUCUUCUUCUCUCUACAUUCCUCCCUUCUCCCACUGCUCCACCUCUUCUGUGCGCUUUUUCUUUCUGUUCGGCGACGUGCAAUUCCGUUUUUUUGUGAGCUCAAGACAGAAGACAGACAUGGCGCGCGAGACGCUGCUGGCCGGAUUCUUGUUCCUGGCACUAGGGGUUGGCUUGGCCUUCGCCGCAUGGCAGGAGAACGUCAGGCCCAAGAUGGUCGUUCAACUAGGUGCGGAAGACGUGUUCAGGUUUACCGGCAACGAGACCCACACAGAUUACUUUCGGCUGAUGCUCAGGGACGGCAGCUACCUGCUGGUCGGCGGAAGGAAUUUAGUACACAAUCUGAGUUUGACGGACUUGACGGAGCAUCAGCGACUAACAUGGUACUCGCCCGACGGUGACGUGAAAAUGUGUCAAGUGAAAGGCAAAGACGAAGAGAAUUGUCAAAACUACAUUCGUAUCUUGGCAAAAAGUGGCAGUAACAGUCUUCUCGUUUGCGGCACCAACGCCUUCAAACCGAUGUGUCGCACUUACAAUGUUCAACCUGGCAACUACACGGUGGCUAACGAGAAAGUCGCUAAAGCUGUUUGUCCUUAUGAUCCACAUCAUAACAGCACCUACGUCUAUGUCGAUGGCGAAUUAUUUACCGGUACCGUUGCGGAUUUCACUGGAAUGGAUCCUAUCAUUUAUAGGGAACCACUGCAGACCGAACAGUACGACUCGAUGAGUCUUAAUGCGCCGAAUUUCGUGAGUUCGAUGACGCACGGCGACUUUGUUUACUUCUUCUUCAGGGAGACUGCCGUCGAGUACAUCAACUGCGGCAAGACGGUAUAUUCUCGAGUGGCAAGAGUAUGCAAGUCCGAUCGAGGAGGGCCACACCGUUUUCGUAAUAGGUGGACGUCUUUUCUAAAGUCUCGCCUCAAUUGCUCCGUUACCGGAGACUUUCCAUUUUACUUCAAUGAUAUACAGUCAACGACGGAACUGAUAUCGGGCACGUACGGCGGUGUGCAAGCUCAGCUGAUCUACGGCACGUUCACCACGCCGGUCAACAGCAUCAGCGGCUCGGCUGUGUGCGCGUUCUCGCUACAGGACAUCCAGGACACGUUCGAGGGCCUAUUCAAGGAGCAAAGCACUCAGAACUCCAAUUGGCUACCUGUGCCAAGCUCCAAGGUGCCAGAUCCUCGACCUGGACAGUGCGUCAAUGACUCGCGCACUCUGCCUGAUCUCACGCUCAACUUCAUCAAGAGUCACUCUCUCAUGGACGAGUCGGUUAGGAGCUUCUUCGGGCAACCCAUCGUAAUACGCACCAGUUUUCACUACAGGUUCACGCAAAUCACAGUAGACCCGCAAGUGAAAACACCUGGUGGCAAAGCAUACGACGUCUUAUUCAUCGGUACAGACAACGGCAAAGUAAUAAAAGCAAUCAACGCCGAGUCGGCCGAUUCGAAAGACAAAGUCAGCCCAGUAGUAAUUGAGGAGAUACAGGCAUUCCCUCAGAACGUACCUGUUCGUGGAAUCAAGGUCGUGAGAGCCAGUCAGGCGGGUGAUGGCCUCGAAGAUGGUAGACUCGUCGUCAUCGCCGAUAGCCAGGUGCAAGCUCUCAGGUUGCAUCGAUGCUACAGCGACAGGAUACUCUCGUGUAAUGAAUGUGUAGCACUACAAGACCCAUACUGCGCAUGGGACCGUAUGGAUGGCAAAUGUCGUGCACUGGUCGGCCCAGCAUCAACAGACGCGAGUCGUUUCUUGCAAAGUAUUGCCACUGGUCAGCAUGCAUCUUGCCCACCAGGCAAGACAAUGAACAAAGACGCCGGAAGUGUCGGCGCGAUAUCAGCUAACCAAAACAAGUUCCCACAAGAUGCCAUGGCAGCGAACAAGGAGAGCCAGGGCGGAGAGAUCAUCAAUAUUAUGCAGGAUGAAGAGCAGAGUAAUUCCGGUCCAGAAGUCUCGGCAGCCGAUUCGCCGCCACCUCAGUAUUCCGUAGAGACGCUCGUUAUGGCUGUGGUCGCGGGUGCCUUGGCCGCACUCCUCGUCGGCUUUACCGCCGGCUACCUUUGCGGUAGAAAGUGUAAAAAGGACGAGGAUGAUAAUAUGCCCUAUCCCGACACGGAGUACGAGUAUUUCGAGCAGCGACAGAACGUUAACAGUCGCCAUGGACAUUUUUGCAGCCGACUGGCGCCAGAGCCGAAACUGCUGCCCCAAGAGGAAGUGACGUACGCGGAGCCUGUAUUAGUACCGCAACCGCCAAAGAUGCACUCGCCAAAGGGUACAAUGCGUAAACCACCACCCACCCCAGCCGAGACUUUGUUCCAAUUCCCGGACGGCUACGGCUACAGGGGACCAACAGCGCGAGCAGACAACUUCGGCACACUGCGCUCGCAUCAGGGCGAGCAGGGCUACCGACGACAGGAUGGCUUCGCCACGACGCGCAGUGUGAAGAAGGUCUAUCUCUGAGAAACGAGCGAGGAGGGGGGUUGUAACGCUGCUGCCGCAGCCGCGGUCGCCGCUCAGGCCGCUUCCGGUCGACAUCGUAGCCUGGGCAGGCCAGCGCGUGGUCAACAUCGCCAGCAACAGCAGCAGCAGCAGCAGCAGCAACAACAACAGCAAGCUCCGAGAAGUAACGGCGGUAACAACAGUAACGGCAGCUCGUCGCAUAGGUCUGGCGCACACCAUCAUGGCCAUCAUCAGGGUCACUCGACCCGCGAUCUGGCUCAUAGUGGUAGCCGAGGUCUAGAGUCGCCGUCACCACCGUCGAGUAUGUCGUCAAGCUCGCCGUCUCCGCCCUCCUCCUCGCCGUCACCAACCUUGGCAGCCUUGGACAACGCAAGCCAAGGCCGACCUGGUAGUAAUUGCCUCAUCCAAAGUGGCAGCUCGCCGCCACCACCUACGCCUCCAUGCAGCUUCAUCUAUCGGUCAUAGUGCCACGACGAAAUAGCCAUGGGGCCCCUCGAUCAUCAUUGCCGCGACGAGCUAGCCUCGUACGCUCAUGACACUACUACUAACCACACUACUACUAAUAGUACUAAUAAUAGUCAUAGUAACAAUGCGCAUCGCUGCACCAGCCGCGGAUGACUUUACGAUUUCCUGCUUUCCUUUCGUUCGCGUCGUCGACACAACUGGUCGCCUGACAAUUACGAGGCUUAUCCAUUUGCUUUUGAGUAUUGAAGCUCAUUCUUUUGUCUUGCUGCGCACUACCGAUCGUUUUCUUUCCUCAUAAACUUAAUUGUACGCCUUUAUUACUUUCCAUUUUGUACUUGUGAUUUCGCUGAGGAUCUUCAAAAUUUCUACAUUUAAAGUGACUGACAAUUGGUUUUUCACUUAUUCCGUAGACACAUUGUUACGAUGAGUUCUCUGAAAAUGCUCAGAUGCGCAAAUCAGACGUCAAAUUUAAUCAUUUACCUGAAGAAACGAGCCAUUUUCAUUUUAGCGUCGUGAUUAAAGCUUCGAGUUUAAUGAAACAUGAGCAAUUAGCGAAAGUAUUUAGUAACCGAUAACUGCCAAACAUGCAUAUACUUGAAUAGUUUUUUGUAAAUAUAUGUUAUGGAUGAAUUAAGCAAUGGCAAACUGUAAUCAAUUCCUUGCAAUACUGCAGAUCUUAAACUUGAAGCUGAAAUGAUCAAUUUAUAUUAUUUACUUUAAAUUUGUGUUUGUUGAAAAAAAAUGUAUUGUUGUUUGUGAACAUAAAAAUAGGUUCUAAAGCUUGAGAGAGAAUGUUCAUUGCUCCGCAUAAGCGCGAUACGACACUAUUAUCGAUUAUAAACUCCCGCUUCGCUCGGUCAUCUCGAGAGCCAGACUUUGACACUCGAAAAGACUUGUAUAUUAUGAUGAGAAAAAGAAAUUGUACAUUAACGCUUAAGAAUUAAUUCCUUGUAUCUUAGAUUACCUAUAUAAAAAAAAAAAA